AUGCCGGUAGGAUAUGAGAUUGUCAUAGAUCAAAUGCCUGGACCAAGACAAGACACUGAACCAUGUAUGAAGAAACAGAGGACAAACAAAACAUACAAGCAGCAGAGUCUAACAGAUGAUGAACUUCGUACAAUUUUGGAAGAAUCAGAUAUAGAAGAAGAUCCAUUCCUGAACGACAGUGACGACGAUCCUGAAUAUAAUGCUAGCAGCAGCAGCGAUUCAGAUGAGGAGAUUGAUCAACAGUCUCGGCCGGGUACUCCAGUUACAUGUAUGCCAGGUCCGCCAGUUGCGCCGAGUACCUCUGUUGCUACUACCUCGCAGUGGUUUUACCAAGAAGUACAUAGUCCAAAAAUCCCAUUUACAGGAGGUUCAGGAGCUGCUGAUCCUCAAUUAUCUGGUGCUCUUCACUCAGAAAAAGUUGUCCUAUCGCUUCUACAAGAAUACCUAGGGGUUGGUCAUUCAGUGUUCAUGGACAACUUUUAUAACAGCGUUAAAUUGACCAAGGAUUUAUUAGAUAAAAAAACAUACGUCACAGGAACUCUGAGAUCAAAUAGAAGGGGGAACCCUCCAGAAGUUUUAGCCAAGAAAUUAAAGAAGGGCGAGCUGAUUAUUCAAUUCAAUACCGAGGGAAUUUGUGUUGUAAAGUGGAAGGAUCGCAGAGAAAUUUUAGCUAUUUCAAAUGAAUUUAGUGGACAACUAGACGAAGUAACUACUCAACGUGGUCAAGUGGUGAUGAAGCCGAUGAUGAUAAAUGCAUACAAUAAGUUUAUGGCAGGGAUUGAUCAUUGCGAUCAAAUGUUAGCAUACUAUUCAUGCGAACAUAAGACUCUUAUCUGGUACAAGAAACUGGCCGUCCACAUAUUUCAAAUCAUGUUGCUGAAUUCAUUUUAUUUGUAUAAGAAAGGCACUGGAAGUCGUAAAGGCUUGUAUGACUUCAGAUUAGAUGUUAUUAGAAAAUUGAUUGGACCACAACCACCAGAUCCCGUACCUAUGCUUAAUCUUCAGCACCUUCCAGAAUAUUGUCCAAAAGGAGAAAAUGGAAAGGCUAAAAGGAGGAGGUGCAAUGUUUGUUGGUCUAAUGGUCAGAGAAAGGAUUCGGUCUAUUAUUGUCCUCAGUGUCCCGGCGGCCCUGGAUUCUGUCUUACACCAUGUUUUAGGGUUUUUCACGCAAAACAAUAA